UCUCUCCAACUGAAGAGCAGAACAUUGGCCACCGUUUCUCACAAUGGAACACCUUUUCCCUCAUUCUCUUCGUAACACUCUUCCAAACACUGACCCCCAAUUCCUCUUCUUCUCCUCCCAAUUACACCUUCCGCCACUACGCUGCUUCCGACAGCCACCGCGCCCACGUUGAAGCCGCCCUCCGCCCCGAGGGAUGGCGCUGGAUCCCGCGGCAGAACCCGACGACGCAGUUCCCCACUGAUUUCGGGCUGGUGGCCAUCGACGAUUCCGGGGUGGUAGACGAGAUUCGGAAACUGGGGUCGGUUAAAAAUGUGAGCUUGGACGUGAGCUGCAAGAGGGGUUGAUGACGAAGGAUCAUAGACUCGACAAGAAGGAUUACUUGGAUAAAAUUGAGCUUAGGUGGACGUGAUUACUUAAAUUUCUUGUGCUAUGUGUUUCUGCUCACUAAUUCAAGAGUAUUACUAGUUUCUGUAUUUUUCUUAUUCCGAAGUAGAAAUUUAAGAUAUGUUACUUGUGAAAAUAUGAUGGUAUUAUUUGGUGAAUGGUUAUAAGAUGACAUGUUAGUUUCUCUGCUGUAACUCUUAUAUUUAAAGAAACCGUUAUUUGUUUCUGGUACUUGUAUGUAAUAAUAAUUAUUUCUUUCCCAUAGUAUAUAAAUGUCCUUUUAUAGAGGUUUAUGAUAACAGAUACGGGAGAUAACAACAAAUAAUAUAAUCAUGGUUUCUGAAAAUGGAAAUGAUGGACCACUUUAUGGAACUUUGAACAAUCCAGCUGAUCAAAGUGAUGUCAUUGGUGUUGGUGGUAUUGUUUUCCUCACGUGACAUGAGUACCUGGGAGCUUCCUCAUGGUUAUGGCUGCGUAAGGCCAGGCCUGGUUGGAUAUGGACGGGGCAUUAUGGGAUCAAAAGUUAGUGCAAACUGUAAACGCUUGUCAGGAACUAGUGUUACAGGUUUUGUAGUUAUUGGUGUUGUAUGUUUGCUUGUCAGCGUCAUUCCUGAACCUGAGAGAAAAAGUAUCUUAAACCAAGCGAGCAUGAAACAAGCAUUGGUUGAGGGUGCUGGGCCUAACAUGUAUGAGCAGGGUGCUGGCAGAGUUGAUAUGUAUGUUCUCUUGUUUUACCUUUCUAUUUUAUUUGGUUUUAAGAUAUAUCUUAAUGGGACAGACAAUUUACCAUAGCAAAGCAAUGGUUGCAGAGUUAUUCUUUCUAUGAUAGUGCUCAGCAUUUUAGGAACCAUGCUGGGAAAUGAAUUAGCAUGAGUGUAUGUAUAUAUACAUUCAUAAUCGAUUGGUCAAACCACAUAAUUGUAGGCAUAUAUGCAAGGUUAAGGAACUUGAGAGUCUGCGUAGACUUGUGGAGGUUUCAUAGACUCAGCUUGUGGACUUGUAAGAGUCUACUUCAUAUGAAAAAGAAAUAAUACUUGUAAAUAUAUACUAAUUCAAUACCAUAAUUAACAAAAAUAAAACAAUAAUUCUGCAAACUUUAGUGAAUAAAAUUCCAAAGUAAAUCAACAACCAAGUCUCAUCAUAGAGGUUUAUCUGGACUUAAAAUGCAAGAACAGAACUCCAAAUUUUUUUAUAAGAACAGAAAGGAAAAGAAGAAAAAAAAUUAUAAAGUACGUAACAAAAUCAAAGGGAGAAUGUGCUUACGUCUUUGUAGAGCAGAGGAGACAAAAAUAAUGGCAGAUUGCAUGUUGCCUGAGGACUCAUGUGCGAUGCAGAGGACUUGAAAUACAGUUGCCAAAAUGCAGUUCAGACAAAAGCUCAGUUUCGAUGCAAAGCAGAAUGAAACCAGAAGAGAGUGAAAUGUAGAGGAGAAUCAUCAUACCGCGGAAGGAGAAAUGAUGCAAUGAUGCAACGUGAAAUGGGAGAAGAAAACCUAAUUACAACCUUUUAACUGUGUCCUUGGUGACAUUCUCAAUGAACUUUCUUUUGCACAACUUGGUUGUAAACUAGCAGGUCUGCUCAAUUUUUGCCCAUGUCUGCCAUAGUUAGCACAAGUCUACUCCAAAACUGAGUUAAUUUAUGGCCACUCACUAGACUCAUAAACUUGUACGAGUUUGCAAGAUAAUAGGUGAUUUUGGUAACAAUGCAUAUAUGUACUCUAUUCUGACAAUCCUCUUCAAGGCAUAUAGAUCAGUAUCUAAAUGAUGUAUUUGG